AAAACCCCAAGAAGAAGAAGAAGAACAAGAAGACGUUUUACGAAGCUAUUUUCUUGAACCUUAUCGCCUACCGUACUGGGUGGAUACCUACCUACCCAUCUCAUCCUAGAAACCAAAUGGUACAGUACAUCAGUUAUUCAGGAAAACAGAUUUCAGGAUAAACUAAAACGACUAUCGCGAUAGUUUUUCCACAGCAUUCGGAAUUUCGUUUAAACGAGCACAUCCGUACCCACUCACAUGUUGGCCAACUUAACUUAAUAGUGCAAGAGUAGAAUCUGUCCUAGUGCUAGCCACAGUGCUAAUAACACUGAUGUUGACAGGUCCAAUUUGUGCAGAUACAGCGACACGUUUAUAGGCAGAAAUCAAGCAAAAAUGACAUUGACGGUGGGGAAGAACGAAACCAGCGGCGAUGAUGGGGGCGAACCCGACCUGGUGGUCAAAUGUAGUGUCUUGGGUGGAUUUAGUGAGAGUGAUGAGAUCCGCGCUUUGAUUGCCAGCCUCCCUGAGAUCAGUGAAAAUGCUGCGACCAAAGAGGUGGCGACGGAGAAAUUCUUAGUCAUAAUGGACAGAUACCAGGAGCAGCCUCAUCUUCUGGAUCCACAUCUUGAAUGGAUGAUGAACAUGCUAUUAGACAUAGCAAGAAAUGAAGAGUCUCCCCCUUCACUGCUUCAUUUGGGCUUCAAGUUUCUCUACAUCAUCUCUAAGGUGAGAGGGUACAAAAUCUUCAUGCAGCUCUUUCCUCAUGAGGUUGUUGAUGUCCAUCCAGUUCUGGACCUGUUGACCAGGCAGAAUCCCAAAGACCCUGAGAUUUGGGAAACCCGCUACAUGCUGCUGUUGUGGCUGUCGAUGACCUGCCUCAUACCCUUUGACCUUUCGCGGCUUGAUGGCCACCUGGACUCAGUCAGUGGACAGGCCAGAGAGCCCACCAUGGACCGCAUCCUGGCUAUUGUGAAGACAUACCUGACGGUCACUGAUUCUUGCCGAUAUGCUGCCGCUGUAUUGGUUUCAAAGUUUAUGACACGCCCCGAUGUGAAGAAGAAGCACCUGGCAGACUUUCUGGACUGGAGUCUCACCACCAUCAUGCAGGCCGAUGAGAAACUCAUGAUAGACUUAGUGGUGAUGGACGGCACUCUGCAGUCUCUGGCACAGCUUUUCAAACAUGGGAAACGAGAUGACUUCCUCCAGCACGCUCCUACUGUGCUGCAAUGUCUGGAUCAGAAGCACUUGUUGGAGAGCAACCACGAGAUGCUGCGGAAGCUGGGGGUCAAACUGAUCCAGAGGCUGGGCCUCACCUUCCUCAAGCCCCGGCUGGCAAAAUGGAGGUACCAACGAGGAAGCCGUUCCCUAGCAGCCAACCUCUCCAUGGCCCAGUCCACCCCAGGCUCCGAGACCCCCGGGACACCCGACGUGGAGAUGCGGGAUCAGGAAGAGGACUACGAUAUCCCGGAGGAAGUGGAGACAGUCAUCGAGCAACUACUCGUGGGAUUGAAAGACACCGAAACCAUCGUGCGCUGGUCAGCCGCCAAAGGCAUCGGGAGGGUGACGGGCAGGCUGCCCAAGGAGCUGGCGGAUGAGGUGGUAGAAUCAGUGCUCGCCUGCUUCAGCUUUCAGGAGACUGACAACGCAUGGCAUGGAGGUUGCCUCGCGUUGGCAGAGCUGGGCAGGAGGGGCUUAUUGUUGCCCUCCAGACUAGCAAAUGUGGUGCCCCUGAUCCUGAAGGCCCUGACCUAUGACGAGAAGAGGGGCGCCUGCAGCGUGGGGUCCAACGUGCGUGACGCCGCCUGCUACGUGUGCUGGGCCUUCGCCCGGGCCUACGAGCCUCCCGAGCUGACUCCCUUCGUCUCUCAGAUCGCCAGCGCGCUGCUGAUCACCACGGUGUUUGAUCGCAGCGUCAACUGUCGCAGGGCCGCGUCGGCGGCGUUCCAGGAGAAUGUCGGCAGACAGGGCACGUUCCCGCACGGGAUCGACAUUGUAACCACCGCGGAUUACUUUGCGGUCGGGAACAUCAGCAACUGCUAUCUCACAAUUAGCGUCUACAUCGCCAGUUUCCCAGAGUACACCCAAGCCAUGAUAGACCACCUGAUCGCCAUGAAGAUCAACCACUGGAACGAUGAAAUCCGCGAUUUGGCCACCAAAGCCCUCCACAACCUGACGCCUCAAGCCCCCGAAUACAUGGCAUCAGUUUUGCCUCAGCUCCUGCAAAGCACGACGAGCAGCGACCUCCACGGACGCCACGGCGCCAUCUUGGCGUUUGCAGAGAUCACCCACGCCUUGUACAAGCUGGGCGCCGACGUCGACAGGCCUGUGACGGAUGUCAUCCCAGCAGGAUGUGUGGAGGGCUUUAAGGGCAUCCACAAGACGCUUCUGGACAAAAAGCAGUACAGGAGCUUCAGCGGUGAGCUCAUGAGACCUGCAAUGUGCUCACUGAUAGAGAAGAUGUCCCUCUCCAAGAUGCCUCUGAAAGACGACCCCGUCAUCGAGGGCUGGCAGUGGCUCAUCGACGACACCCUGAAGAGCCUUCACCUCAUGUCGUCCCGUACCAGAGAUGUCGUCAGGGACUCUGCCAUCGGUGCGCUGGCUGCGCUGUGCGAGGAGUACUACCAGGUCAGACCGGGCCAGGCGGACCCCCGCAUCCAGGACCUCCUGGUGUCCCAGUACGUGGCAGGUCUGAAGAGUCCAGAGGUUCUGACUCGCAGCAGCUCUGCACUGGCCCUGGGCUGCCUGCCCAAGUGCAUGGCCCGCACCAGACUGCAGCAGAUCCUGGAGAGCCUGGGGGGAGCCUGUGUGGCGGGCCAGAAGGAAGUGAGCUUCACCGAGGGGAGGAGGGAUGCAGUCAGAGCCAUCGCUCAACUGUGUGUGACGGUGGGCGUCUCUGCCCAGGGUACCCCGGACUCGGUCAUCUGCUCUGGGAACAUAGGGCAGGUCUACCGGCCCCUGCUCCACAGCAUGGGGGACUACACCACCGACAGCAGGGGCGACGUGGGGUCCUGGGUGAGGGAGGCAGCCAUGACCAGCCUGAUGGAGGUGACCCUCCUAGUGGUCAGCACUGCCCCAGAGCUCCUCGCACCGGACCUGGUGGAGCGCAUGAUGUGCUGCAUCGUCCAGCAGGCGGCGGAGAAGAUCGACCGCUACAGGGCUCACGCGGGCAUGGUCUUCCUGCGCCUCCUCCACUGCUCCGACCCUGCAGUACCGCACAUCCACCACAGGGAGGAGCUGCUGAGCAUCUUCCCCCUUGAGACGGGGACCACUCUGAACUGGAACGCUUCCUCGCACGCCUUCCCCUACAUCACCCAGCUGCUGGGCCUGGAGCACUACCGCUACCACACGCUGCUGGGCCUCACCGUGUCCGUGGGCGGCCUCACCAGCUCCACGGUCCGCUUCUCGUCCCAGUCCCUGUUCGAGCACCUGAAGGGCAUCCAGCAGGACAGCACCGCCCUGGGCCACUUCGGAGACGCCCUGCUGAAGGUCUUCAAAGACAACCUUCGCCAUGACCGGGUGUCCAUUCCUCUGCUGAAGAUGCUCGAUAUGAUACUCUCCAACAACUGCUUUGAAGUCUUCGCCACUCAAGAAGACCAUCCCUUCUGCGUGGACCUGUUGGCGCUCUGCAAAGAGGAGAUCAAGAGGUCCAUGAGUAUGCAGAAGCUUCCCUCCUGCAUCGCUGUGUUCUGUGGGCUGAUCCAGUUCCGGGGGCCGGUCCGGAAGUUGGUUCUGUCCCAGCUGCUGGUGCUGCUGGGCCAUGGCUUGUUUGCGGUGAGAAAAGAAACAGCCGGCCAGAUGUACGAGAUGCUGCUGACCUACGACGACGUGGUCGACGCCGAGGUUCUGGACGAGGCCAUGACCCUUUUGAGCGACACUAACUGGGAGAAUGACCUCGCCACCGUCCGGACGUUCAGGAAUCAGCUCUCUGACAUGCUGGGGGUACCCCGGCCCCAGCUAGUUGCUAAGAGCCCCGCCUAGCAGGCCGGCUGACACCAGCAACCCCUCAGCAUGGAACCGUAGGGGAACAACGCAGAGGCACAACGUAGAGGACCGUCGAUGAGGGCCGAAUUAACCACCAUGCUCCGCAGUCCAGAACCACUUAACCAUUAGCGCAAUAUAAAUGUUCACCGUUCAAAUCCGUUUUAACCGUUCUAAUCACAGUUGGAGUGCAAAAAGUAAAGAUUGUUGGGCAAAAAUAAAUAGAUGAAAACACCAAGGCAUUUUUGUGAUGAUUAUUUA